GACUUGCGUGAUAUAGAAAGACAGAUGUAGUGAUAUACAUCCCUGCAACGAGCCUGAUACGUACACGACAUCGACGACAUACAGUUGAUAUGCAUGUCCGUUUAUAGUGUUCAAGAUAUGAGGGGGUUUAAAAUCAAGUUCUUCAUUGCAAAUUGACAAGUAGUUAACCGAUUAUCUCUUGUAGUUCGUCGCUACGAAGCAUAGGAUCCGUUGAUCAGUAUCGACGACCACAACAGUUUACUUUCGAAUCAUAUUAUUUGAUUACCAUGAGCGUUAGUGGUAGAGGGAUAUGAAGUGAAUACUCAGUGUCGGAUCCAUCAGCCUGUACCCUCUCCGAUAGCCUGUUUCUCUGAAUUAGUGCCUAGAUAUACAUCUACAGCUACUCUGUUGCUAAGAUGAAUCCAUGCCACAUGACACUACGCACACCAUGUGGUGGACCACAUGGUCUGGUGAGGGCGGCAACAGACACACUGCAUGUUACUACAAGACUGUACACUUCUGUGAAAUUGCGAACCUCUGGGCCUAGCCGUUUACCUUGUAUGCACAGACACGUAACGGGAUUGCAAUCUGCCACACGACACACGCAGGUGAUCGCAAAUACAUAUGAAAGAGCAUUGUUAAGUAACAUCCAGCACGAUUUUAGCGUUCACUCUGUAGCAGGACUAUGUGGAAGUACAAGAAGGAGAGAUAUUCACACCAACACACCCAGGACAACGAUGUAUAGGGUGCCUGUAAAAACACGGGGCAGUGACAAGUACGUACACAUACCUUCUGUUCUAUUCCAAUCUACACCUAGACGCAACACGAGUCUGAGAUAUACAGACCAUACAAGUCAGGAGAUUAGUAGGCAGGCAUCAUACAGCCGCACGCACACACACCAGUAUCACACAGCAAACCCAGCGACGACCAUCCACACAGACUGGCGUAAUGCACUGUCAGACCUGGACGCUGCGUGCGAGGCAUUAGCCAUUUUAAAACGCACACACGCGGACAAACAUGCCGUGGCUAAACAGUCUCAGACAGUCACAGGCAUGUACCACAAAGCCGUACGAUUCUGCAUCGACGCACAGCAGCUGCAUGAGGCGUUCACCAUAGCCAAGCGCAUGGCCGGCGAGCACAUUCUGCUGCGCAAUCCAAACCAUCUCAUGAGUGAGUUGGUUAUCCGGGGUAUGCUAGGACAAGCUUUGGGAGUCUACCAGAAGCACGUGGCGCAUAAGGACCACCCCGCGCCUGGGUAUGGAACUUGCGUGCUGUAUCUGUAUCAACCGAGUGCUCAUGAAUCAGAGUGUGCGCGAGUGCUAUAG